UGAAAACAAAGAUCGUAAAAGAAGGACGUAUGGCCUAUAGCUGCCGGUCCAUAGUAUAACUAGGAGGGAGGAAUAGCCCUCUCAACCACGGAUUAAUACAGGAGGGCCCAGGAAGCUGGAAUCUUGUAUCUUACCGUGGUAAAAACCUAGUAAAGAAGAAGAAGAAGAAGAAGAAUUCGAGAUAAACAACAGUAUUUCUAGUUGUUCAGGAGGCGAUUUGAAGAGAAUUAAUAUGGAAAACACACUUCGGUACAUAGCCAGCUCGUCUUUACAUCAAAGAAUUUCAAUCAAAAUAGGGACACUCGAAGGAGAAAAUGUUGGGUAUUCGUAUGAGAAACUAAUUGAGAACCCACUACUAAAAUUUUCCGGUAUGUACACAGAAAAAACUCCUCCGUUGAAGGUAAAGUUGCAAAUAUUCGACAACAGAGAGCCGUUGGGGUUGGCAGUAUGUACAUCACACAAGCACUUUACCACUCGUUGGAGUUGGAAUGAAUGGGUCACAUUGCCGCUCCGAUUUACCGACAUUUCUCGAACUGCAAUGCUUGGGCUAACCAUCUAUGAUUGCGCUGGAGGAAGAGAACAAUCGACGGUAGUAGGCGGAACAUCCAUAUCGUUCUUCAGUACCAACGGACUUUUCCGCCAGGGAUUGUAUGAUUUAAAAGUAUGGCCACAUAUGGAGCCUGAUGGAGCAAAUGACUCCUCAACUCCCGGAAAGUGUUCGAGUGCAGGUGUCAGCCAGAUGCAGCGACUUUCAAAGCUAGCAAAGCAGCAUAGAAACGGACAGAUGGAAAAGAUCGAUUGGUUAGAUCGGCUUACCUUUCGGGAGCUGGAAGUGAUAAAUGAAAUGGAAAAGCGAAAUUCAAAGUUUUUGUAUCUUAUGGUGGAGUUUCCGCAAGUCUACUUAGAUGAAAAUCUUUACUCCGUAAUACAUCUAGAGAAAAAUGCCAAUUCUGUGCUAACAUUUAUCCCAAAGCCAAAGGUUGUAGUUGUUCCGGAUUAUGAAAUUUAUCAGGAAAAUUUGGUAGAGCGAAAGCAUCAUAGGCUUUCCCGAUCGGCCCGUUCAGGCACGUCAGAUAGAGACGUUAAGCCAAACGCUAUCGUUCGAGACACGUUAAACUCCAUUGUCUAUCGAUACUCGCCUACAUACCCUCUGAGUAGCGAGGAACAAGACAUCAUAUGGAAGUAUCGUUUCUAUCUCAGCAGCCAUAAGAAGGCAUUGACUAAGUUUUUAAAGUGUGUCAAUUGGGAAACAGCGACAGAAGUUCGACAAGCGCUAGCACUAUUAGAAAAUUGGUCCCCAAUGGACGUUGAAGAUGCACUUGAGCUGCUAAACUCGACAUUCCGUCACCCCGUUGUUAGAUGGUACGCCAUCACUCGUCUGAACGAAGCAUCUGAUGAAUAUCUUUUGCUCUACCUGUUACAACUUGUGCAAGCCCUGAAGUAUGAACAAUUCGACCAGUCAAAUAUGCUUUCUGCUCGUCUUCCUACAGAAGGGAGAGAAAUCUUUCAGUCCUUCGAAGAAUCGGCUGAUGCCCAUUAUGACGAAACACAAACGGAUUCUGGAGGAAACGCUGGAAGUACGGUUGAUGAAAUGAAUAAUAGAUACCACCAUGCCAAUAAUGUUAAUAAUUUAGCUAAUUUUCUCAUUCAACGAGCGUGCAAAAACCCCACUCUUGCCAAUUACUUGUACUGGUAUUUGACAAUCGAAUGUGAGGACGAGAAAAACAGUAAAAGAGAUUCAAAACAAGGCGAAAUGUAUUCGAACGUACUUCGUAUGUUUUUGAAUAGUUUGUACAAAGGCGCUGCAGAGAUGAAAUCGACACACGCGCAGCUAAAGGAGCAACAGCACUUUGUAGACAGAUUGGUGACAUUGGUAAAAAUAGUAGCAAAAGAGUCUGGAAAUAGAAAACGGAAGACUGAAAAGUUCCAGCAAUUUUUAUCCGAAUCCAGUUCGUCUAAUUCCACGAAAUUUAACUUCAAUCAUUUUGGACCGAUAGUGUUUCCGUUGGAUCCUAGUGUUCAAAUAAACGGCAUUGUAGCUGAAAAGGUCUCGCUAUUCAAGAGUGCACUGAUGCCUUCAAAGCUUACCUUUCGCACCACUUCCGGUGUAGACUAUGUUGCAAUCUUCAAACAUGGUGAUGAUCUCCGGCAAGAUCAACUAAUUUUGCAAAUGAUCACUCUAAUGGAUAAGCUGCUUCAAAAGGAAAAUCUGGAUUUAAAAUUAACACCGUAUCGCGUGUUGGCCACUAGUUCAAAGCACGGUUUCAUGCAAUAUAUAGAUUCAGUAACGGUGGCUGAAGUGCUUAAUACGGAGGGCAGCAUACACAAUUACUUCCGCAAGUUCAAUCCCUUUGAAACGGGUCCGUUCGGUAUCGUCCCUGAGAUAAUGGACACAUACAUCAAAAGUUGUGCCGGAUACUGUGUGAUAACGUACUUACUCGGUAUUGGAGAUCGGCAUUUGGAUAAUCUGCUAUUAACUUCGAACGGAAAGCUUUUCCACAUUGAUUUUGGCUAUAUUUUAGGACGCGAUCCCAAACCAAUGCCACCACCGAUGAAACUUAGCAAGGAAAUGGUGGAAGCCAUGGGAGGAAUCAAUUCGGAAUACUACAACACAUUCCGAAAACUGUGUUACACUGCAUUCUUGCAUUUGCGUCGUCACGCAAACGUAAUGCUGAAUCUGUUCGGACUGAUGGUAGACGCCUCUGUUCCUGAUAUUGCAUUAGAACCAGAUAAAUCAGUGAAGAAGGUUGAAGAUAAUCUUCGCCUGGAUUUAUCCGACGAGGAAGCAGUACAACAUUUGCAAAACCUAUUAGAUAUCUCAAUUACGGCUGUAAUGCCCGCUUUGGUUGAACAGAUUCACAAACUAGCGCAAUACUGGCGCAAAUAGAUCGAAUUGUAACUGUUACAC